AUGAAUAAAGAAAAUAUUAUUUCAAUUCAAUCACAAGUUUUUGAUGGAUUUUGUGGAAAUAAUGUUGCUAUUUUUGUUCUAAGAAGAAGAGGGCAUAUUCCUAAAAUAUUGAAUACCGUUCAAUAUUAUUCUAAAUUUAAACAUAUUGGUGUAGAAAUAAAAAGUGAAGAAUUAAAAACAAUUUUAAAUGAAUUUAAUGAGAGCAUACAAAAUGUAGAUAACAAUAUAUAUUUUCUAACAGGAUAUAUUAGAUCAAAGGAAUGUGUUGAAACAGUUAUUAAUAAUAUUAUAGAAUUGAAAAAAAAAAAAAAAGCAAUAUGUUCAAAUGAAAAAAUAUUAAAAAAAGAUAACUAUUUAAUUGAAAAUUUAAUAGAUGAAAAUUUUUUUUGGAUUUGUGAUCCUGUAAUGGGAGAUAAUGGAAAAUUAUAUGUUGAUAAUGGUGUGGUUAAUACUUAUAAAAAUUUUAUUUCUUUUGCUGAUAUAAUAACACCAAAUCAAUAUGAGUUAGAAUUAUUAUGCAAUACUAAAAUAUCUGAUGAAAAUGAUGUAAUUAAUUCUAUAAAAUCUUUGUUAUUUAAAGGAGUAAAAAUAGUUAUAGUUACUUCUAUUAAUUAUAUUUUUGAUAAAGAUAAUUUAUAUUUAUAUAUUGGGUUUUUAAAUAAUAAAAAUAAACCAGUUUGCUUUAAGUAUAAAUUUUUAAGAUUUGAUUUUAAUAUAUGUGGUACAGGUGAUUUAUUUUCUUCUUUAUUAUUAUCUUUUAUAACUAGACAAAAGGGAAAUAUUCUUCUAAUUAUUUCACAAGUUUUAAAUAUAUUACAAAAUGUCAUAAAAAAUAGUUUAAAUUCUUUAGAAUUACUUAUAAUAGAAAACCAAGAUAUAAUAGCGAGUAAUGGGCUAAACGGAACUAUGAUUAAAGAAGAAGAAGUUUUUAUUCCUUAA